AUGUUUACUAACGAGGUCCAGUUUCACUCUUGCAAGAAGGUUCUGAGAGACCUGGGUCCCGAAUACAACAAGUUCCAAUUGAUGUCGAUAAAUUCUGCCUCGAAAGAGUUUUAUGGCGAGUAAGUCUUGAUCUGACAAGUAAUUGCUUUUAUAUGAUAUAACGAUCAACAGAGGGAAAGCAUAAGUCACAAAAACAACAACAACAACAACAAGCCUGUAUUCAUGAAAUGGCGGAGAUUUUAUCACUACACAAAAAGGUUUUAUCAUUUCUGACACCCAUGGCCAGUAGCGCCCGCGAAAUAAUAUGGAAUGUAUUAAAAUGAGACAUUUAUUGCAAGAAGUAUAUUUAUAAUUGGUUUCGUCUUAAUUUUCUGAAACGCAGGAUCAGUGAAAGAAUAUGCUAUGUGGCCUGGUUUAAACAAAGAAACAAACAAACAAAAACAAAAAACAUUCAAAACAAAUCCAAAGUAUACUCUGACCAAAUUAAACAAUGACAAUGGAGUUGGAUGAUCGGAUCCAUUGAACCCUGCUAAUAGAAAGGCAUAGCUGACCGAAGCCUGGGUGAGAAACGUUUGUUGUAAUUAUUAUUUGUUUUUAAUUUAGAUGCUGGUCUUUUUUAGGUGUGGUUUGAGGGGUGCUUACAUAGAGCUUGUAGGAUUUAGCAAAGAGGUUUUAUUCCAAGUUAGGAGGUAUUGUUCCCCGCCAUGCAAUGUACCGUCAUCUAUUGCGCAGGUAUUUUAACAAUUAAAGUCAUUAAAACGUGAUUUAUAAAACGAUGUUGAUUGAGUUGAGGAGCUGGGACUUGAACUCUUUGAACCAGUCCUGUGGGAUUUGUAUCUUUUUUAUGUAAAGAUUUUUUCGUUCCAAUAAAUUUACCUGCGACGUAGUUAAUUGAGUGGAAUGGUUAUGAAACCCGUCAGACUCCUUUGUUAUAUGUUUUUUUGUGGACCUGAAAGUGCACAACGUUCAAAAGAAUUCCUAUCAUUUUUAUUGUAUUGACCAAUAAAAACGUUGCAUUAAUUUAUUCCGUAACAAUUGGCCAACAGAAAACAAAGGAUUGUACACUUUCAGGGUGCUUCCAACAUAAACUGCAGCACUGUUGUUUUUAUCAUUGAUGUUUGCCGCUUUUCAUAACCAGUCUCCUCUUAUAACUAUGCCUGCAAUCAGGGACAAAUUAUUAAUAAGUAGUUGACACACUUGUCUAAAACGCGCGCCUUUAUCAACAAUUUUUUUCAACUCUGUUUAAAGGACGUAAAUCUUUCCACCCCUGAAUCAAUGAGGUUUUGUAGUUGAAAAAAGAUUUGUGUCUGCAUGUUUAAAACACAACAAUAGGGAACUUAAGCAAAGACGUUUUUGAGCGACGUACGUCAACCGGAGGUCAGGCCUUUUCCCAUUUAACAUGGCUUAACGCUAUUAAAAUUGUACUGCUAAGUGUCCUUUCUCUUGUAGAGAAGAUUUGCCGAAAAGUUGGGUAAAGCUACUGCCUAAGGAUGCAAAAAGCCCACUUCCGGUUAAUGUGCGUCACUCAAAAACGUCUUUGCUUAAGUCCCCUGAUGACUUUGGGGGAGCGGGGAGUACAAAGGGGGAGGGGAUAGAGAUAUACGGAAGUGUCUCAAUCGGCUUUUGUUCCCGGCCUCAGUGUAGUUGCUGGCCAGGUGAGUGAUAACUCUUUAGAUUGUCUUAACUGAUUAUAAAUGUGUUUUUCCAGCUGACCUUUUUUGUCAUCUGUAGGCUGCUGUUAGUGCAAUUUGUAAUCCCCCUCAGCCUGGUGACGAGUCGUACGAGACGUUUAUUAAGGUAAGUACAGUCAAACCUCUCUUUACAGGCACCCGCUAUAUACGGACACCUCAUUAUUACGGACAGUUUGCUUUGUCUCUGGGGAAAGAAAGCCCUUAAUUUUCUCUCAAUUCAACCCGCUUAAUACGAACACCCCGUUAAUGCAGACACUCUCUAUGGCCCCCUCAGUGGCCAUAUUAACGGGGUUUCACUGUAUAAUGCCGUGCGUGUCUAAUCUAGAGGGACUGGACCUAGAUCCGGGACUGAAGAGUAUUACGCCGGGGAGCGUUCUUCCUAGUGAUAGAAAUGUGCCGCUGGAUGGGGUCGCCGCUAAUUUUCCCAACUGGAUUGACUAUAAUGGGGCACAUUUUUAAAUGAGGUACUAGAAUGGGGUCGCACAUUUUCAGGAUUUUGGGGUUAAGAAAAUUUUUUGUAUCCAGGAAUUUAAAAAAGGUGUGAAUUAAUUUUAGAAUGACUGGCUAUGAAAUACAUUUGCGCAAACGCCCGAGGCUUAACAGAGACUUAGAGUCUUUUUACAUGGAGGUGAGGGAUUCCAGCUUGGUGAGGUAACCCGCUUAGGUGUUGUAACCCGCCUUUCCAUAUAAUCUCUCAUAUGGUUACCCCUGCCACCUAUCAUGUAAACUUGAUCAAAUUAAAAUGAGUCAGAUUAUAUGGGCAGGUGGGUUACCCCACCUAAGCGGGGAGCCUCACCCACCUGGGUUCCCCCACUUCCAUGUAAACAGGCCCUAAAAUAGAGUCAAUAUUUGACCACCAAAAAGACUCGGACAUGACGAAAUUGGUUUCUCAAAUGUUGUUCUUGAUGGUCUGGGGGGUGAGUAGGAUAAACGAAUCUGCGGAGAUCGGAAUCCACGGGUUGAAUAUUUAAUUCAAGGGCAGUGUGUGUAAAAACCGUUCACGUGCCAUCGAGGUUAACAGACUGGAUAAUAAUUAUCUGAAAGAAGAUCAUCGCCAUUAUAGACGUAACUUUUUGGUCACCGGGCGGUAUCGCACAGGUCAAGGUUUCGAAUCCUGUUCAAGCCUAAAUUUUUUCAGGCUUUCUUUUCGCAACUGCAAAAAUUGCGUCUAUAACUGCGAUGGUCUUCUUUCGUACAAUUCUUCACCCCGCAGUUCUCAUAAAUGAUUUUCGUGUAUUCAUAACUCCAUCAUCAUCCUUUCGCGGGUUUAAUACGAACCAAUUCAACGACCUGCUCCCAGUCGGCUUGUUAGCUCAAUUGGUAAGAGCGCUGCACCGGUAUUACAGAGGCCAAGGGUUUGAAUCCCGUAAAAGCCUGAAUUUUUUCAGGCUUUCUGUUCGCAAGUGCAAAAGUUGCGGCUGUAACUGCGAUGAUCUUCCUUCAUAUAAUUCUUCACCCCGCAGUUGUCAUAUAUGAUUUUCAUAUAUUAAUUUAACUUCAUCAGACUGGAUAAGUUUGAAAAAACGUCAGCACAUGCCCGCUAAGUGGCAGCUUUAGACUCAGUUUUUAAGAUUUAAUUUAUUUCUUAAACGUCUAUCUUAGAAGGAAAAUGUUGAUUUUUCCGCAGGAGAAAAUGGCCAUAUUGGAUUCUUAUCAGAGAAAAGCCAAGAUAACAACAAAGAUGCUGAAUUCUCUUAAAGACGUCUCGUGUAAUCCUGUUACUGGUUCAUUGUAUGCAUUUCCCAAAGUUAUUCUUCCACAAAAAGCCGUCGAAGAGGCUAAGGUGAGGCGUAGUUCCUCGAAACCAAUAGACCUUUUGCGAUAUGGCGGCCAUAUUGAAUUUAUUAGAUUUAAGGCGUAUAAUGGGAUACCCAGGGAGCCCUCGCCCAGUGUUUAUUCGCGCUUUUCGGGCAAAAAGAGAACUUCACUGUAUAUUUCUCGGGGAAAAAAGGCAAUCAUUAUUACAUCCAAACACGGCACAACGAUCUUUUUUUUUCCAUUACAAUCUUCUUCUAGGAAACCUUAAAAAAACAAGUUGGCCCGAAAAGCGCGCGUAAAUACUGAGCGAGUAUAUCGGAUCGUGCUCAUGCCCCCUGGGCAUCCCAUAAUACUCCUUAAAUCUUAGUAAUUCAAUAUGGCCGCCGUAUCGGUAAAAAGGUUUAUAGAGAGUUUAGGCAGUGUUAACGCUAUAGUGGAUAGCGUUUCGUCUCGACGCCAAAAGGUGUUAGGUAUAGCAUAAACAGCAACUGCCCUGGACCUGAACAAGUAGCUCACACACAUCGAACAUCGUACUGAGCGGUUGGCCGAGAGCCAGCUUGGUGAACUAAGUCCCAAAUCUCACUCCUGAAUAUUUAUUUCGUCUCAGUGGGUUCCAAUCCCCGCCGCUACGUAUUCACUUCCUCGACGGACCGAAAAAGUGUAAGGGCCAGAACCUAUUCGACAUAUGACGCUCUACAGUGUUCGAGAUUGGCGCGGCGUAGCUUCGCUCCGUCACAGAAAUCGCGCCAAAAUCACCGUUCUUGUGUAUGAACAGAAGCACUAUCCGGUACGGUUUUCGCGCCUGCGCAAAAGCUAUCUUGUAUAAUGUGAACAAAGCCUUACGCAACGAACACGCGACGGAAUCGAGAACGGCAAAAAAGAACUCUGCACUAUAUGAACAACUUUGCACGUGCAUCACGCUUUUUUGUACAUUUCUUUGCCGUUACUGCACGACUACGACGUGAAAAUGCCUAAUUUCACGUUUUGUGGGGGACGUGAACACAUAACAAUGACUUUCUUUUUCUUUUCCUGAACUUUGAUAUAGUCUUUUAGAAUGCAACUCCAGAAAAAUUAGCCGAUGUUUGACGAAAUGAACGAGAUGAAAUAACGCGAUAAAGUUUGAAGCAGCGCGAAUUCACUUAUUCAGUGACGAAGCCGUAGCCGUCGUUGAAGCUUAAGCUCCCUCCCUAAUAUAGAUUCCCUUGGGCUUUAUUCCAAAGCCCGCAACGGAAAUGUGCAACCUCAUUCCCAGGGUCUUCUUCAACCCGCAGGGACGAGUAAGAGACGACCCUGGGACGAGGUUAGGAAAUGCGUUCAUCUUUUUCAGCUUAAGAAUUGUGCACCUGACAAAUUCUACUGCUGGCAGAUGUUAGAAGCGACUGGUAUAAGUCCUGUACCGGGAAAUUCGUUCGGACAAAAAGAAGGAACAUAUCAUUUUAGGUCAGAGCUAAGUUGUUAUUCGCGUCGCUUUAUUAAUUAUUUUAUAUACUUGUUUCUCUUGUUGGGAAAUGGGGAAAGUCGCGUUGCUGAUCGGCUGGGACGGAGUAAUUGGCCUCUGAAGUUGAACAAGAGACUGGCUCACCAGGAGGAGACUGUUUUGGGAGACACCUUUUUGGCACCUAUGCUGGGUUGUUCAAACCUGGGUGAAGAAAACCCAAGGCUAUUGCGAAAUUUGAAUUCAAACAUGAAAGCGUAAAAAGCCAAUUCAGAUUGAUUCUUUUUGUCUGCAAUUUGAUGAUAAGAUACUCUAAAAGUGCUUGGAAAAUUAUCCAAGAAAACACUUUUGAACAAAAGAAAAAGAAAGCCGGAUUAGAAUUACACCCCCCAUUAGAGCUAAUCAGCCUUCUAACAACAGACCUUUUCAGUUGUAGGUUUUGUUUUCCCAUUGCAGACCACGUGAUUUUACACUUGAGAACUGUUUCUUUCAAAUGACGUCCUAUGAAUGUGCAUCCACGUGCAUAUGCGUGCAUAACUAAUGAAAAUACAAAAGGCAAAUUCCCCUGAGAACAUCACGAUGUCUGAAUUGGAUAAAAACAACUGACAAGCUAAAAAGGUCUAUUGGGCCCUGUCCUGGGGUAAAUUUAAUAAAACUUUUACACUUGUAAUUUAUAAGUGUAGUCAUUGUUUAAGAGUCUGAAAACAAUAGCUACACUUGUAAAUUACACUUGUGAAAGUUUUAUAAAAUUUACCCCUGCGGAACUUCAAAAUAGCCAAAAACCGAGGCGAUCGAAUGUCCUCAAGCAGUCCCAUAUUGCUAUUCGGCACAACUUCCGACCCAGCCUCGCUCGUAACCUCCAAAGGACAAUUCUUAAGGUGACUCGACCCAGUAUUUUUUUAGGUACACCUUCCAUCUUUGGUCUCUUAGACUUAAACAAAUUUAUCUUUAUAAUAUUGCAAACAAUUAUAACUGAUGUAUUACACACGUUGAAAACUUUUAGUUGUUUCCAAUAGCUCCUGUAUCUUUUAUUUAAAAAGUGAAAUAAACCUGACUUUAAUUACUUUUUGGAAAAGCAAAAUUAUUAUAAAUCAGGAUAUAUAAUGUUUCAAAGUCUUUAUUUUUUCUUUGUCGCAGGUUAACCAUCUUGCCAUCUGAGGAAAAGGUAGUUUCCAUGUUCGACAGAAUGAGCAAGUUUCAUGAGGAAUUCAUGCAAAAAUACAGAAAUGACAAGGAUAAUCAACACUAA